CAAAAUUUGAAAAAUGUUUCGGUGACUACUAGCCACUAGGUAUUAACUCGAAUUAUAAGUUUUUGUAUCCAAUUAUGCUAAUUUAAAUACAGCAUUUUGUAAACCAAACAUAUUUAACCUGAAAACGGGACCUAUGAUACAGUUAGCCCAAUAGAUCUGAAGACUUCCUAAAUAGGCCCAACAAGAAAAAUCAUUUUAAUCUACAAUGGGCCGACCAUAACCUUCGUUAUCACGCAUGAUAUCUCAAACUUUCGACCUAAUUAACACCAUGAUCUCUCAAAAUCAUCAUCUAUACUAUACUAUAUAUAGGAAAAAUACAUAUGUAGUCUGAAUUUUUCUUAUGGUACUUCAGUUAAAAUAGAAAUUUAUUGUCAAAUUCAAUCAAGUAACCGAAUCAUCAAUUGAUACUUUUGAUAUGUCAUCUUCAGAAGUACGGGUACAUUCUUCGAUUUCAAUAGCUUUGGUAUAAACAGAUUGCAAAAACGUUUUACAAUUCAUUAACACUUUAAAAAUAGUUAUAUUUGUAGCUUGCUUCUUUUGGUUGAGGAUUAUCUACCAAAAUACGAUUUUAAUUUAUUAGUCAAGUAGUUCAAUGAUGUUUUGGCAGAUUUUUUUUAAAUGAAUGAAGUUGAUCAUCUAUAUAUCAAUCAAAACGUAUAUGCCGAAACAAGAAUAAAACUUCACAUCUUAAAUAGUAAUCAUGGUUUCAUGAGUGAGCAAAUAAGUUAUUAAGCCAGUCGCUUUUCUAAGAAUUUGUAAGGAAAAAGUAAACAACAAUAAGUUAGAUUUGUACAUACUUUUUGACCUGAAUCACGUGUGUACAAUCACAUUACCAAUCAAAAACAGUAAUUUAAAUGAAACAUGCAAAUGAAUAUGAGUAAUAUAAAUAAAUAAUUAUUAGUUGUGAUAAACUACUAAAGUAUAUCUAUUCUAUUAAAACAGCAGCAUGACCUAUUGAUAUAUGUGUAGUCCAACUGAAAUUACUUUUAAAAUAACUGCUUUAUUCUACAAAAUACAAAAGUAAUACCAAACCUUAUAUAUCAUAACCUCUCCUUUUUUGAGCCAAAUCGAAACCACUUCUUUUAUUCCUAUAUUUUAAGGAUCCACUACUCUUAUCUUAACCAAUUAAAAUCUAUGUUUAUAUAAUAUAUUUGAGUAUGUAACAAAAAUGAUGACAUGUUCGACUAUAAUCCCUGUAGCAUGUUUCGCCAAAAAAAUAUGUUAAUAUACUUUAUAAAGAAUAUGAUCAUAUAUGACAUGUUCCAUAUAAUUCAUCCAUAUGUGCAAUUAAAAAAGCCCAGUGUUAUUCAAUUUUAAUGGGUUUUAAUGAACGACCUAUAUAUUGUCAAAUAUGUUUGAUAUAUAUAUAUAUUUUAAAUGGUUAUAUGCACUGAUUUAUAUAUUUAAUAACUUUAAGAAUAUUUUAAUUUAUUUGUGAUUUUGGAUAUUCAAAAAAAAGAUAUUUCCAUUGACAAUUAUAUAUAACUAUUAGCUAUUACUACACGUUGAAAUUAAACAUAGGUAUUCUGAUAUCUAUUCUGGUACGAAUCGAUUCUUUCAAGUUUUUGUGUUUAUAUAUAUAAAAAUUAAGUUUUUCGGAAAAAAAUUAAAACGAAAAAUAUACCCGCCCAAAGGGCGGGUUAGAAUCUAGUGUUCUAGUAUAAUAGCAUGCCAAUUCAAACAAAAAAGUUAGUUAAGCAAUAUACACAAUUAUUCGACUUGUGAACUUUCGUCCGGAAUCAACUACAGUAUUAACAAAAUAAAGUUAUUGAAAAUCACGAAAACAUUUGCGUCUCGUUUCUCCAGUUGACCCAGUACUCACCAUCUAUCUCUUUUACCUAUAUAGAGUUAUCUUUUUAUACACUAUGUAUGUAUAACAAUAAGUCCUCUUCUGCUAUUUAUCUUCCUGUGUUGUGUCUUAAAUGGAAACUUGUGAUUAUUGAUGAUUAGUCUGGCGACUUAUAUCUCUUUCUCUCUCACGCUAUAAGUGAGCUUAUAAUGUUUUUGCAGCUAUAUAUGUGAGCAACUGUCAAUGCAUUUUGCUAUCCAUCUACUCUCUCUAUAAAAGAAAAGAAGAAAAACACAAAAAGACAAUAACAAAAAUUAAGAAAAGGAAAGAAAUUCAACUUUGAUCUCUUCCACUUAUAUCUCUCAGCUUCAAAGGUCUCUCUCUUCCUUUUUUUGCAGGUUUUUCCACUUUGUCUCACUAUUUCUGCACAACACCAUCACCAAAUCCAUCUUUUUUUUGUAGCACCUACCUCAAUAGUACCAGGAAGUAUUUAAGUCCUCUAUCUAUCUCUUCUUGUAAUUAAUGAGCCAAGAAGUUACAUCCAUCCACUUCUAAGUCUCAAGACUAAACCUAAUUUUUUCAUUUUAUGAGGUACUAAAAGCCUAAUUUCUUCUGGCCUAAAGCUUUCAAAAUCAAGAAAAAGAACCCUAAUCUCUCCAACCCUACUUUGGAUCAUAUCUUUUUUAAGUUAUGGAUCUGAUCUCUCAAGAGCACAAUAUCAAGAACCCUAAUACCACUCUCACAACACAGCCUUCUUCUUCUUCUUCUUCUCCACCAUCCUCUAGCCGCUACGAGAACCAGAAACGCCGUGAUUGGAACACUUUCUGCCAAUACCUUAGAAACCAUCGUCCACCGCUCUCGCCACCGUCUUGCAGCGGCGAACACGUCCUAGAGUUUCUGCGUUACCUUGACCAGUUCGGAAAAACCAAAGUCCACCACCAAAACUGCUCUUUCUUUGGCCUCCUAAAUCCUCCGGCUCCUUGUCCUUGUCCUCUCCGGCAAGCUUGGGGUUCACUUGACGCCCUUAUCGGUCGUCUCCGUGCCGCCUACGAGGAGAACGGUGGAGUUCCAGAGACUAGCCCUUUUGGCUCACGUUCAGUCAGGAUUUUUCUCAGGGAGGUUAGAGAGUUCCAGGCUAAAUCUCGUGGCGUUAGCUACAAGAAGAAGAGGAAGACGGUCAAUAACAAGCAAAUAACUCAAUCGAGUUCUCAGCCGCCUCUACAGCCGCAGCCACAACAGCAUCAGCAUGGUCAGUCUAUUAUGUCUAAUUAUAAUUAAUUACCACGGUCAACUAGAUGAUAUUGUACAACUUCGAUAAAUGUACGUUCGUAUCUAUCUAUUUAUACGUACCAUUCCCUUGUAUUUGUGUAAUGUAAUAUCCCUACUUUACUCCAUCCACCGCUAUUGUUUCUUGAACUAGUGUUUUGUCUUUUUAAUAAUUGGUCUUAUAUAUAUAUAUAGAUUAUGAGUAUCUUAACCUCUUCUGUAAAUCACAAUCAUUCAAGAUAAAACAUCAACGUUUUAUAAAAUCGAUUCUCGAACAUUACUUAACUAACUGAUAUCAGAUGACGAAUAAAUAUUUUAUCCUGUCAGUGAUAGUAAUUAAAUUACAUAAUGUAACAAGUUUUGUCGUUAAUAAAACGUAUACUAUGACACGGAAUAAAUGCACAGAAAGUUGACGGUGAGUACAUAUGUAAAUACCAUAUAACAAAGGUAAAUAAGACCAACGAUUCAUGAAGAUUGAAGAUGAAGAAAAUUCAUAAGUAUAAGCGAUACAUAUCAGUACAAAUUGAACCCUAACACUAUCAUUCAUAAAAUUAUCGACAUCUACAUCAUAGUUACAGUUAUGAUAUAGACAUAUAUGUACACUCAUUAGCGUAUGAACCUGUGCUAAAAUUUUGAUGCGGAUAUACAGUACUUGAAUACGAAUUGGAUUGACAAAGCAUUAUAGUUGAAAACGUUACACAAUAUACAAGUUUUUAAAGGUAACUCUAAACCUAUCUAGCUAUUAUUACAAAAGGACAAAAUAAGGUCAUAUUGUCAAUUAUUGAUGACAGCUAAUCUUGUGACACACAUUUCUUAUUAGCCGAAUCUGGAUUUGACACUUUACCAUGAAUGAUGUAUUCAAAUAAUUCGUGUUACUGCCGCUAUUGUGGCGCAGCUCAUUUAAAACAACAAAGCGGUUGUUAUUUUGUUGAAACAAGCGUCAAUGGUUGUUCUAGGGUUUUGUUUGUAAUCGUGACAAAAAAAAGGCUUUGUCCUGUAACAACUAACAAGUGACCACUGGAUCAAUAUUUCAUUUAUUCAAAAUAGUUUUUAGUAAUUGCGUUUUUGGAGUCUUAUAUGUUUGAGUCGCUCAUAUUGCAUUGCACUAGCUAGUGAUGAAAACAAAUACGGCUCAAUUUGACAGGCUUUAACCGAGUAUCCAAGUGAGAUGUAUCGGAAAAUAAUUGCUUAAUUCGAACUCUCAAGCAAUAUAUGAUUAUAGAUUUUUCGUCAAAAUAUGAAAAUAUAUUAGUCAGAGUAAGUCUGUAAUUAUAUUUGAAUUUCUGAAUUCAGCAGAUUUGAACUUGCAAAUAAUGGCAACAACGAGCUGAAAAGUCACGAGGCAAGAUAUAUAUAUAUAUAUAUAUAUAUAAAUUGAAUGAAUUACUAAUUAAUCACGUACAGUAUCAUGUGUCAAUCAAACGAUUAAAGAUAAAUAAGGAUACGAGAGCGUGUUACCUGUUUGCGUCACGUAUUCACGUGUGUACCUCUGGUACAUGGUCCCUCAUCAGUAAAAGCUUUGCAGAAUUAGAAUAGUCAGUUCUGUCGAGCCAUGAGAGUUGAAAUCGUAUAGACUAGUUACCUUGAUGUUUCGGCUAAGGCUAUUGCAAUAACCACUUCGAAAGUCUGGAGACAUGCAGUUUAUACGUCCGUACGAGGUAGGUUUCAUAGCUGUAAGAAAAAUAGCAUUAUCUUUUGUUGGAAACUGCUUUUGCUUUAUUUGGCAAACCUGUGGAUUUGCUCUAUUUGGGAGGGGCCAUGUUUAUAUAUAUAUAUAUAUAUAUAUAUAUAUAUAUAUAUAUAUAUAUAUUUUUUUUUUUUUUUUUUUUUUUUUUUUUUUAAAGUCUUGCACGUUUGUUUACUGAGAGUCAGUCAUAACUCAUAAAUAUAUAUAGUACUUGCCAGCGAAAAAGUUAAUACGACUACAGUUUUGGAUUCUUGACCAUAUUUGUUUUGAAGACUUUUCAGAAUUUGUAGUUUAAAAUCAAAAAAAUAAAAAUGGUAGGAAAAAAAAUCCGAAUAUGAGUAACUCAUUUAUCUUUCUUUCUGGUUACCGUGCAAGAGAGAGAAGAGAGAGAAGAGAGAGAAAGUAGAUCUGGUUCCGGUGAGCGGUCGGCGCGUCGGCGCGCGUGCCGUCACCGGAACCGCUUGUCCUUCCUUGUCCGUUUAAGCAGUCCGUUUUUUGGCUCUCUUCCCUUGAUUCGCCUUGCCGGAGUUCUGGUUUAGCUCUCAUCCGGAGGCGCUAGCUCGAGGAGUGAACCGCCAUCUACGGUGGAUGGGUUGCUGGAGUGAAGGCGCAGUCGCGUGGAGGGGUAAAGUGUGGUGAAGUUAUACUCCGGGAGGUGGAGGCUACUAAAGCUCCGUCGCCGCCGGUCAAGUCUCCGGGAGGUGUUUGGCUUCUUCAGCAAGCCUCGUCGGUCCUGUCUCCGGGGGGUGAAGGCGUACUUAGCCUUGCGUCGCCGGUUCUAGUGGGGUAAAGUGGUGUUCUCGGUUUUGGAUCGAACAUAGUGUUGGAUCGAUGAGUUCUGUGGUUCGUGGCUUUCACAAGGCGGAUGAGGGCUCGAAGAGAUCGAGGCGGCUCUCCGUAGAAAGGUCAGUAAACGGAAGAAAAGAGUUUUUGGUGGAGGCUCUCCGGUUUUGAGCUCCGCCGUAACGAGGGUUUCGGUGGUGGGGUUUGGGGCUUCUCGCUUCGCCGACGGUCAGGUCGAGGUAUAGGUUGACGCGUGGCGCGCUGAGAAGGAGAUUACAACACGUGUCCCGCCUCCUUGACGAGUGGGUCAUAAGGGGAAGUCCGGCCCGUUGAGUUUGUGGCGAUUGGUGUGGGCUUUAGGCCCGUCUUGUGUUUUAAAUUUGGCCCAGCGUUUUGUGGGCCUUAGUAUUGUAAUUUGUUUCUGGUGUUGGGCCAGCCUUGUUGGGCUUAGUCCCCUGAAUUUUAAUUAAAAAUAAUUUGACGGAAAAAAAAAAAAAAAUCCGAAUAUGAAACUUGCAUAGUUGCAUUGGUAAAAAUGAUUUGGCUUCUAAGAGCAGCCUCAACGGUGAGAAUCUGAGUUGCAUUGGUAACAACAAACGGUUGUUAUUUUGUUGAAACAAGCAGCAUAUAGUUGCGUUGUCUUGUAAUAAGUGAUUGGAUCAAUAUUUCAUUUAUUCAAAAUACUUUUGGUAAUUGCGUUUUCGGAAUCGUAUAUGGUUGAAUCGUUCAUAUUACAUGUUGCACUAGCUAGUGAUAAAAACAAAUACGGCUCAAAUCGAAAGUAGUCUUUAAUCGAGUAUCCACGUGAGAUGUAUCGGAAACUUAUUGCUUAAUUCGAACUUGUUCAAGCAACAUGAAAAUAUAUUUUUAGUCGAAUGAUACAAAAAUAUACUAGUUAGACUGUAAGUCUGUAAUUAUAUUUGAAUUUCUGAAUUUUGAUUUGAACUUGCAAACAACGAACUGAAAGGUUACGAGACAAGAUAAGUAUAUAAACAUUAAUAGUUAUAGGAAACACUUGUAAAGAGAACCCUAAACACUUGUAAAAAUGAUGCCCUUAAAUUCUUAUUAUAAUUUGGCGCUUAAAACCCUAGCUUUACCAGCUUUAGGUCAGGGCCGGCACUGGGUUUACAACAAAGUAUUGGGCUUGCUGGUAUUGUUUUGGGUUUGGUCUUGUGCCUUAACAAAACGUACCAUCUCAUGUGUUCACUAUUUAACAAUCAAUCGAACGGUUAAAAUUAAUAAGGAUACGAGAACGUGUUACUUGUUUGCGUCACGUAUUCAUGUGUGUAUCUCUGUAAUGUGGUCACUCAUCAGUAGAAACUUCGAAAAUUGUCACUUGUGUCCAGCCAUGAGAAUUAAAUCGUAGUUACCUAUAGAUGUUUCGGCUAUGGGCCUAGGACAUUUGAAACUAAUUCGUGUAACUAAUUCAAAAAAUUAACUUAUUAUCAAUUGCCAAAUAAACUUAAUUGAUAUUGUAAAUAGUACUUUAUGAUAACUUUUUUUUUUUGACAUGCACUUUAUGAUAACUAAUUCAAAAAAUUAUACAAAAUUUGAUCUGUUCUUUAAUCCUUAUAUGCUACAUAAAAUAGUGAAUAGAAAACCAUUUAUAGAAAUCAGUAUAAUGAUUUCAUAUUCAUAUAAUAAUAUAUUAGUAUCUAUUAUAAUUAUUAAUCUAUUAUAAUGUCCAUAAAUAUGUUGUAUAAAUAAUUAGGUGUUAUUGGUUUAUAUAUUUUGAUUGAUUUAGAAAUCCAUAUAAUAUUUAUAAAUCCAAGUAAAAUAUGCAAAUCCGGAAUUUUUCUCUCGGAUUUGAGUCUUUGUAUUUUUAACUAAAAAAUCUAAACAAAUCUAUUCAAAUCUAUUAUAAAAUCAAAUAUAAUAGUAAAUCCGUACGAUUGAAUAACACUUGAUUUAAUAUAGAAUUUAUGAAUCAUUAAACCAAUAACACUUGAUUUUAAUACAGAUUUGAAAAUCACAGAACCAAUAACACUAGAUUUAGUUCAGAUUUUCAAAUCCAUUAAAAAUACAACAACUAUAACCCCUACUAAACAGAUCAUGUGAGAACUUUGAUUUACAAUAUAUAUUUUAUUUAAAUCAAAUAAUAUAGUAAAUAAGGUAAUGUUAUGAUUAAAAAAAUAUAAGAUGGAUUUUUUGAUUCAUUGAUUGUAUUACUACUUAGAGAGAGAAGUAAAUAGUUGGCAAAACACAUGUAAAAAAUUAGGAAUACAUUAGCAAAAGUUUAAUAAAAAUAACGAAAUGAUAAAUAAAAAAAUAAGAAGAGAUCGAAGAAGAUGCAUAAUAUGUGUUGGAAAAGCUAAUAUGAUAAUUACAUAUAUAAUUUCACAAGUAUUUUCUAUUACUAAAUAUUCAUUAGUUAUUUUUACAUCAAAUUUCUUGAAAUUUUACAUCCUCUAUUAACAAUCAAGGUUCCCAAAAGUUAUUUAUUUUAUUUUAAAACACAAAAUUCAUAUAUUCUCUUAGAAAACUUUUAGUAUUUUUCUGUAUUUCAAUUGCUAUUGGUAUCGACCUUUUAUUUACUUAAUUUAAUUUGGAAGAGUUCUGGGGGAUAUAAUAGAUUGCAGCGAGAUAGACGACCAGCCCGCUUUCAAUAAUCCCCUGCUCAAAAAUCAUAUUUUUCAAGUUAAUUAAUCUUCUUUUUCUCGAAUUGUUUAUUUUAAAGGGGAUUAUGGAAUUCAUUUCUGAUAAGAGAAUCAAAUUUUCUAUUCUCAGUGAUCGAAUAUUUUGUUUAUCCAAUUUUCUAUUUUCUUUGAUCUAAUAUUUUGUUGUUGUUAUAAAUCAGAAAGCACAGACGUCAAAUGGAGCAUGAUAAUUAAAAUGAAAGGGAAAAAAAUGCGGCAGAUGUGGAAUCAAAAUGGAACGUAUGUCCUGACCAAACAGUACCCACGAGAUGGAGCAGACCCAGGGACAAACACCUCGGGCAAAAAAAGCAUGUGACUGACGCCCGACGUACUCGCAAGGGAAUCCCCUAUUAUGCUGCCAAGGAAGGACAUGAUGUAACUAUUUAAAAACAAACUACAAAUGAAAUCUUUAAAUAUACAAUUUAGUUUUGCUGAUUAACUGUAUUAAACCAUCACAAAUACCCCCAAAGUUAUAUAUGGAGCACAGGCUACCACAAACAUUUGGGAUCAUAGUUGGGCUAGAAUCAGGCGAAUUUAGUCUUUCUCAGAUCUGGCUAGUCGCCGGACUGUACAACGGAUCGGUCCUAAACACAGUAAAGGUAGGAUGGGAGAUAUUCUCACUCGUUUCUCCUUUUGUAUUUAUCAUAAUUCAUCGAUACAUAGUUCGCUCAAAACUAAAACAUAUAAUUCAAUCAAAUCAACUAUUUGUUUGUUUUCUUUUGACAUCAAUAUAUCAUAAGAAUCAAAGACUUUUUUUUCUUAUGAUUAAAAUAAAUUUAUUCUAAUUUUUAGGUUAACCCAGACCAUUAUCAUAACAGCCAGCCUUUGGUCAACUGGAUGGUAUAUUAUUUAGUUUUAUAUAUCAAAGUAACUCAUUGAUUUCAUAUAAAACUUUAGUCUAUAAAAUCUGUCCACAUUCCCUAUCAGUCAGGAACAUGCUUUUGUGAAUAUAAUAAUUUUAAACAAAUUAUUAUUAGUCGACAUUUAUAUUAUUUUUGACAAAGUAGUCAAAAGCUUAUAUACAUAACUAUUGUGUCAUUUUGUAUAUUAGUAAUCGAAUAAUAUUGUAUUGCAAUGUUAAAGUUGUUUUUUCAUAAAUAUCUAAAUAUUCUUAGAAUUUACAUUUUUUGCAUUUUUACAAUGAAAUAUAUAUCACGUCAAAACUCAUACUAAUUUUUAGUUUAUGUGAUCCAUAUGUGGAUUUUGCUAUGUUUUGUUAGUUUUUUAAGUUUUGUUACAAAGGUAUCUAGUGUAGUUCUUUUUUUAGGUCCCUACUGGUAUAUUUAUUUUGCAAAAACAUAUUUCCAUUAAAAAAAGUAGUCACACAAUAGUUCGAGUCGAUUAUACGAAAAUAUUAUGUUCGUAAAUGCAGUCUCUCUAUAAACCCUUGAUGAUACUCGAUGCAUUACCAUUCUCUCCAGCUCUUUAUUUUCAUAUAACAGUAUAACACAAUCUGUGUGUUAUUUUCAAACCCCCAAAAAGCUCAAUCAGUUAUCGCUCUUUGUAUUUUUUUGCCAAAUGGCUUUCAACAUAUUAGUUGAUCAAAAAAAAAAAAGAGAGACUUUCAACAUAUUAACGUACCACAUGAUGAUGAUGAUUCUAGCCAUAUCUUUGUCACAAUAGUUAUGUAUUGGUCAAUCACUUGUCGGGUAUUGCCCUUCCGAUUGUGUAUCCAUCUAGCUGACAGUCCGGUUGAUCAUUAUAGGAAUUUAGUUAAAAAACAAAUUAUAAAUAAAAUAUAAGAAAAAUAUAAGGAAAAUAUUCAAAAAUAUUUUUGGUUGCUUUAGAGUGUAAUCUUCUAAAAACACUGGAGAAAGAAAUGUAUAAAGGAAAUUAAGUAAGUUACUAAAUUAAGUGAUAUGCAGUUGAAGCUAUGUUUUAUGUGAAAACUUUAAAAUAAAAUGCAAAUUUCAUCUCACACAACUUGUUGGACUAUUUAUUGCUUCUUAUUUAUCCUAAAACGGAAAAAAUGUUAGUUUGCCAAUUUGAAAAAUAUUCACAAAUACAACCAAUAUACUCCAGCAUUGAGUAUCAAUUUUGUAGAAGACUUCGGUAAAUCGAGCUUCCUCCAUAACCUUCGCAUCAUUGAUUAUAUCUUCCGUCUUCUACUGGUUGAAAUUUUCUGUUGCACACACACAACACCAUGUGCUACAGUUUGAUGAAGGUUCAGAAAGCAGAAUUGAUGAUGCUCUUCUACUAUGGCGGGCUGGGAUAUAGCGCUUUGAGUCCUAGUCUCUUUUCAUGUAUAUUUACUAUUAGCUUCUUAUGUACUAUUUCACAACUUUUAAGACAUGAAUUUAGUUUCUAAACUAAUAGGUUAUUGAAUUUCGCUUUUCCUUCAUCUCUUGUUCUUCUAGAGCUUUAACCGUGACCAAACCAUACUCGCAUUUGAAAAUCAUCAAUUUAUCUGGUGUGAGUUUCACAUAAAAGUAAACAAACAGAAGAGCAACGAACACGUUUCUUAGACCCAGUUAGAGCAAAACCCAACUCAGUUUCUUGGGCGCCAAUCAUAUUACAUAUAGAGCUUUAGAAGUUUUUUUAGCCUUUGGACCGAAGGUAGUCGGUAUCUCUUUACUGUAACGUUAUAGAAACCAAGUAAAAUUGAGAUUUCAAAAGAAUCAAAGCUCUAAUUUUCCGGUUGGCAGCUAACUAGUGUUUUACAGGAAAAAUUACGUUCCAAAUCAUAAUUUACAUUCGCAUUACUUUUUGAAUCUCUAGUAGCUAAAUGUAUCAAGUUUGACCGAACUAGACCAGAGGAAGAACAUGUCCAUAUAUUUUGUUAAAUUAGAUAAGCACACUUGCAAAAUUAAAGGUCAAACCAAACUAUAAUUAAGUAACAAACCGGAACUAUAAGUCUAGCACAAAAACAAAGUAUCCUCAACAGAGGAGAUAAACGUUCAACAAACACAAACUGAGAGAUCUUAAACGAUAGCAUUUGCAGCACUUGCGAUCCUUGGCCACAGGUCAGCACACUCCUUCCCGAUUGGUCCAGUGAUAGCAGAUCCUAUAUAUAUAUAUAUAUAUCACACACACACACAAAAAAAAAACAAA